AUGGACGCGAGCGAGGCCUGGAGCGGCCAGUCCGAUGCGAGCGAGACCAAGGAGGACCAGCGCAUGCGUGAGCUGCUGGACUCCAUUCUGUACUCCCUCCUGCCGGCCGCCUUCGAGAGGCUCGGGGCCUCCGCUCCAACCGGCGAGCUCUCUGCAGACGAUUGCCGGGCCGUGGCGUGCGCCGCGCUGGUAGCGGCGGCCCUGGUCGCUGCGCCGGCUGGCUUCCUGGAGUUCCUGCUCUGCGUGCCGUGGCUGCAGCUGGGGGCCCAGCUGGCCGCGAGUGGCGGCGCCCCGCCCCCAGAACUGGUUCCCUGGGGCGAUGCCCCCCCGCUCCUCCGCCCCUCCCUGGCCGAGGCCUCGCUCCUGGUCAACGUCAGGCUGGACGCACGGCUGCUGGACUGCACGCUGGACUUCCUGGGACGCGGACUCGCGCUGCACGCACUGCCGCCCCUCCUCGCCGCCGCGCUGGGUGCAGGCGGCGAACUGGCGGCCGCAGCGCUGGACGGCGCGACCCCACUCCACGCCGCGGCGAUGCGCGCGGCGGUGCCCGCGCUGUCGCACCUGCUGCUGUGCGGCGCGGACCCCAUGGCCCCCGCCGGCACUGGCGAGCUGCCCGCGCAGCUGGGGCGCGGCGGCGUGCCGGCGCAGGUGGCGCAGGAGGGCGGAGCCUUGGAACAGGACCUGGUCGUCAGCCCGCAGGAGGCGGGCGCGGUGUGGGCGGGCUGGGCCGAGGCCGCCGUCGCCGAGGCGCUGUGA